GCCUCGCUUUUGCGUCACUUCCUCCCCGCUUCCGGAAGCGACUCGGACGGAGCCAAAUUUGAAGAGAGCCUAGAAGCUUCGGUCGCCUGUGGUUCUGGCCUAGUUCUAUCCCUCGACGGGCGCCCCGUGAGGAAGCGCCCGGGGCCGGGAUGCCGAUCCGCGCGAUCUGCACCAUCUGCUCGGACUUCUUUGACCACUCCCGAGAUGUGGCCGCCAUCCAUUGCGGGCACACCUUCCACCUGGACUGCCUCAUUAAGUGGUUUGAUACUGCUCCAAGUCGUACAUGUCCACAAUGUCGGAUCCAGGUUGGCAGAAAAUCCAUUAUCAAUAAGCUUUUCUUUGACCUUGCUCAGGAAGAGGAAGCAGGCUUGGAUGCAGAGACCUUAAAGAAUGAACUGGAUAAGACUAGAGCCCAGUUGUCCUUGAAAGUAAAAGAGAAGAAGGAUUGCCAAUCCAUUGUUGACUCUUUAAGAGAAAUUCUAGAUGUGCGCAAUAUCACCAUAGAAUCACUGCAGAAAGCCCUGGGCGAGUCAGAAAUGCUGUGUUCAACCUUCAAGAAACAGAUUACAUACUUAGAGCAGCAACAGAGUCAGAUCAAAAAUAUGAAAGAGGAGACCUGCCGACUGAGGAACAAAAUGAAGACCAUGGAACGGCUCGAGAUCCUGCUCCACAGUCAGCGCCCAGAGGUGGAACAGAUGAUCCAAGACAUGGGAGUGGGCCAGUCAGCCAUGGAACAGCUGGCUGUGUACUGUGUAUCACUGAAGAAAGAAUAUGAAAAUCUCAAAGAGGCCCGGAAGGCCUCAGGUGAGCUGGCAGAUAAGCUAAGGAAGGAUUUGCUUUCUUCAAAUAAUAAGUUACAAAAGGUACUCUCUGAGUUUAACAAUGUCAAGGAGGAGUUGAAAUCAACCCAGAAGGAUUUACAGAAUGCAGAAAAGGAAAUCACGAGCUUAAAGAAGAAACUGACGAUCCUACAGGGGACCCUGAACCUGCCAUCCCACACCAGUGAGACCCUCAGUCGACUCGUCUUAGAGAGCCCAGCUCCUGUGGAAAUGCUGAACCUAAAGUUGCGCCAACCAGCCCAUGGUGAGGACAUUGAUCUGGAUGCCUCUUUUGAUGUGGUCACACCCCCAGCCCAACCCCACAGCUCCAAGCUUGUCCCAGCUAAGAAGCUCUGCCUGGAACAGUCAAGCUCUCUGACUCCUGGGAUCUCCAAAAAAAACAGCAGAGACCCCACGAAGGUGAGUGGUCUCUCUCUUGGGGAUCAGCAUUGGACAGGAGACCAAGAUGAUGAGCUGGUGGGAAACUUUCCCUCAUUCAUUCGGAAUGCUGUCCUGGGCAAGAAGAGGCCCCUGGGCAGCCUCAGGGACCCAGGCAGGAACAGUGGAACUGUAAGAACAGGUUUUGAUGGCCUUGGAGGACGAAGCAAGUAUAUUCAACCUACUGACCUCUCUGUCAUCCGUCCUCUGCCUGUAAAGCCAAAGCCUAGGCACAAGGCCGUGUCAAGGAAAGCAGUUCCCUCUGUCCAGGCAAGGUUGGAUACUUUCCUGAGAUAACCUGGAGACCCGCAUCGGGACCAGAGUGCACAAGAAAAGACUACUGGGUAUUCUCCUUUCUCUCCAGGGUUCUGAGAGACAGCACUGCCUGUUGGCUUGGGAUGUGGGAACAGCUCCUGCAAGCCUCUAGCCCACAGGGUGGAAACCCCCCCCAACACAGUUCAGCUUCUGCCCUCCCUGAGGACCUCCAUGGGGCAUCUUGUGCUACUCAGUCCCCGGGGAUGACUCCUGCCCGUUGGCUGCAUGUGCAGCCAGUCUGGCCAGACUGGUACCUCUUUGGCCCUUCGCACUUCAGCCUUCCCUUUAGCAUCCCCAGGUAGCUUAGAUUGGGGGAGAGGGGGAGUGCUCCUCCAGGGCUCAGGGCUUUGAUUCUCUUCCCUCACACCCCCACCCCCUGCCUCAGAUAUCUCCCUGAUUAUAGUGCAGCUUUUCCUCCUUGGAACCAGAAGAGAACCCAGAGCUCUGAGCCCUGCCCUGCUCUCCAUAUGGCCCUGUAGGGCUUUCAUAUCCCUCUGCCCAGCCCCGACCUCCUGAUAGGUUCUACCCUCAUGGCUCCUCAUGUCCUUGGCCUGGAGAGCAGCCAUGCAAGGACUGCCUGCUUUCCUGAAGGUGGUGGAUUGCUGUGGAGCCCGGCUGCAGCAGAGCCUCCUGGGCAGACCAGUGGUCUUAUGAGGAUCCUGUAAAAUAAAGUUUCACCAAUGUGGGGGUGUGACCAGUGCUUUUGUUGCCUGAAGAUAAAGGUAUCUAGGCCCCAGACCAGGGAACAUGAAUUAGGUGAAGGAGGCCCCAGGAAAAGGGGGUAUUCUACUAUGGCUUUGGGGGGUCACCCACCUUUAGUUUCUUUGGUCUCUUUUGUGUCACCCAUUAGGAUUAAGAGGUGGGGAUGGGGUGAAAAAAGAGGCUUCUUUCCUGGAGGGAGAGACAGCUUUAUGAGCAGAACAUUGAAGUGUGAAUGAAGAAGAGGCCAUGGGCCUCUGGACCUGCCCACUAACCCAGAGGGUGGUUUUUAGUUUCACUCUAAAUACUGAGAAACUCCUUAGCUUAUUCCAUCAGCCUGGGACCCAGAACUAGGAGGAUAGGAUAAAGGGGAACAUGGUACUGUUGAGGGAUGAAACACCCUAACAGUGUUGGGGAUCCCCAAGCCCCUGGCAGGUUUUGUCAAAGAAUUUGCAGUCCCAGUCUCCAAA